AUGUAGUACUCUCAGACUGUCGGACGAGAACCUAAAAUAAAUGUAAAUGUAAAUAAAUAAAUGUAAAAUAAAUAUACAUAUAAAUGUAAAUGUAUGUUUUAUUAGAGAAAUAAAGAUCGUGUACAGAAGCGGUGAAUAAGAUUAAGUGGUACAAUAUGCAAGCAAAUAUGCAACGAGCAAAAAAGUUUACUACUUCUGAAAAGAAUGAUUUAUUAGAUAUCAUUUUUUUAUAUUGUCAUGUACUUGAAAAUAAAGUAACCGAUAAUAUAACUAAUCUAAAGAAAGAUGAAGCAUGGACCAAUAUUACAAUUGAAUAUAACAAAAAUAGAACAACUAUACGAUCAGAAAAAAAUUUACGACUUUGUUGGGAUAACAUUAAAAGAGAUACAAGAAAAUACUAUGCAACAUUAAAACGCGAAACUUAUAAAACAGGUGGAGGAGUACUCACUUUAGAAAAAAAUCCUAUAUUCGAGCGAGCGAAGGAAAUUUUAGGUGAUACAACAGUAUCAGGCUUAGCUAAUCCUUUUGAUUCUGAUUAUGUUGACACUAUCGGUACUGUUGAUAACAAAUUACAAGAGAACACUGUUAUUGACCUACAAGACGAAGAUAAUGAAAAUGAUCCACAAGAGAUAUUUUCAUAUUUAGUUGAAAAUAAAGAAAUUAAUGAAUGGAAAUCUUGGAAUAUUAAAAAAUUAAAAUCGCAAAAAAGUUUUCCGCUUCAAGAUCAGCAUUCAGCCACGACGUCGAAAAAUGUCAAAAAAAUCAAACUCGAAAACAAUACUGAAAUAUUAUAUGAGGCUAAACUUAAAUUACUACAUACAUUACAAACAAAUGAAAAAGAAAAAAAGGAUUAUGAAAUCGACUUACUAAAAGCUAAACUUGAAAAAGAAAAAUUGUGA